AUGCAUGGUCUGCACAAGUUUCUGCUUAUUCAUGUUCUGACAUGUCUCAGACAAAAUGGACUUGGGAGUGAAAUCAUACAUGGAGAAAAAGCCAAUGAGAACUCCCUGCUGUAUAUGGCCUCAGUACAAAAUAAGGCAGGUCAACAUAUAUGUGGAGGAUUCCUCAUCAGUGAAGACUUCGUGGUCACUGCAGCGCACUGUGAUAACCCAUAUCCAUUGAUUGUUGUUCUUGGCACUCACAAUCUCAAGAAGAUUAAUAAUGACACAAUGAGAUACAGUGUAAAGAAAUGUAAACAUCCAGAUUAUGUUAAUUUAACAUCAGGGAAUGACAUCAUGCUCCUCAAACUGUCUAGGAAAGCUAGCCUUGGCAAAAAAACAAUUAAGCCAAUAAAGCUUCCCAGUCAUCGUAUGAACCUAAAAGAAAACAAAAUGUGCAGUGUAGCAGGAUGGGGUUACACAAGAACUGCUGGUCAACCUGUAGAUGAGCUACAAGUGGCGAAUGUUCCUAUCAUUAACCAGGAAGAGUGUCUGAGGGUGUGGAUUCAACUUCCUGCCAAGGUUAUCUGUGCAGGUGGAUAUAAGACAAAGAAAGGAUUUUGUCAGGGUGACUCUGGUGGCCCUCUGGUGUGCAAUGGGAAGCUUGCAGUUGGUGUUGUUUCUUUCAACAAUAAUUAUACCUGUGACUACCCAGAUGUACCCAACAUGUAUACAGACAUAUCACAGUUUAUUCCCUGGAUCAACAAGAUUCUCAAGAAAAAGAAUUGGAUCCAAAAUUGUGAAAACCUUCACAAAACCAUCAUCAACACAUCACAUAUGAUGCGUGGUCUGCAUACAUUUCUGCUUUUUCUUCUCCUGGCAUGUUUGGGAAAAAACACACUGGGGAGUGAAAUCAUAAAUGGAAAAAAGGUCCCGGACAACUUAAUGCUGUACAUGGCCUCUGUACAGGACAACAGAGGUCAUAUAUGUGGAGGAUUCCUGAUCAGUGAGGACUUUGUAGUCACUGCAGCACACUGUGAUACCUCGAACCCUACAAGUGUUGUUCUUGGCACCCACAAUCUCAAGAAGAUUAAUAACGACACAAUGAGAUACAGAGUAAAGAAAUGCAAACAUCCAUCUUACAAGAAUGCCCAAUCUGGUAAUGACAUCAUGCUCCUCAAACUGUCUAGGAAAGCUCAACUGGACAACAAAGUACAACCAGUUCAGCUUCCACGGCCCGAGAUGAAGAUAAAAGAUAAAGCAAAGUGUCGUGUGGCUGGAUGGGGUAAAACAAAAACUGGUAGAAGUGAUGUGCUGCAAGUGGUGGAAGUGCCUAUCAUUAACCUGAAGACCUGUAAGACAGAAUGGGAUCAAAUUCGAUUUAAGCUUCCUGACAAUGUUAUUUGUGCAGGUGGUUAUGACACAAACAAAGGAUUCUGUCAGGGUGAUUCUGGCGGUCCUCUGGUGUGUAGCGGGAAAGCAGUGGGUGUUGUGUCCUUCAACAUGAAGAAAAAUUGUGACUACCCAAAUGUACCCAACAUCUACACAGAUGUAUCAAAAAACCUUCAAUGGAUCAAAACUGUUCUCAAGAAAAAGAAUUGUUAAAUGUUA